CUCUCUUCCCCCAACCACCUCUCUGUCAUUUCCUCUGAUUCUUCUUCGAUUCAUUCAAAGACUUUUCUUCACCGCUUGAUUCUCCAUCCUACCCCCACACAAAUUCAGAAUCUUUUCAAAUUUUCAACCCUACCCACAUUUCUUUUCCAACUAAAUUAUUCCAAUAAUUCACUCCAUUUCCUUUGUCCUCUUCCUCCCUCCCAAUUUGUUCUUCUUCGCCGGCAGACCGGCCCUCUCGUUUUGGCCUCACUCCCACUAAUGUCUAGUCUUUUAUAGCGAUACCUCAAUCCACUGGAUUCAGAACUCGAAACCAUGGCCCCUUCUCGCGACGAAGAGACGCCUCUCGUCGUCGCCGACGACUCGCCGGUCGAGGAGGGAAGGAGCCAUACCAGAGAUGUUCAUAUUAUCAGCUCCGCGUUUCUGUUGAUCUUUCUUGCUUACGGUGCCGCCCAGAAUCUGGAGAGCACUGUCAACACUGAGGAGGAUUUGGGAACGACGUCGCUUGGGAUUUUGUACUUGUCGUUCACGUUUUUCUCUCUGGUGGCGUCUCCGGUGGUUAGGAAACUGGGACCAAAGAAUGCUUUGAUUCUUGGGACUACUGGAUAUUGGUUGUUCAUUGCUGCUAAUUUGAAGCCAACCUGGUAUACUAUGGUUCCAGCUGCAUUGUACCUGGGUUUUGCUGCUUCCAUAAUAUGGGUUGGCCAGGGGACAUAUUUGACUUCUACUGCACGUAGUCAUGCCAAAGAUAAUAGCUUACAUGAAGGAACGGUUAUUGGCCACUUCAAUGGAGAAUUUUGGGGAAUGUUUGCCAGUCACCAGUUUGUGGGAAAUCUUAUAACCCUCGCCUUGCUAAGAGAUGGAACGGGGGGGAGUACUAAUGGCACAACCUUAUUAUUCAGUGUGUUUCUUGUUAGUAUGACCUUAGGUACCAUACUGAUGUGCUUCUUGAAUAAAAGGGGUAUUAAAGGAGAGGAGGCCCAGGGAUCUUCUCCCAACUUUUAUGCUUCUGUGGUAUCUUUGUCAAAGACAGUCAUCAGACCGUUGUAUGAUGUACGGAUGCUAUUGAUCAUCCCCCUUAUGGCGUAUUCAGGAUUGCAACAAGCAUUUGUAUGGGCUGACUAUACCGAGUAUAUUGUUAGUCCAACACUUGGUGUGUCUGGUGUUGGAGGUGCAAUGGCAGUUUAUGGGGCAUGUGAUGCAAUAUGUUCACUGGCUGCUGGUCGAUUUACGUCUGGUCUCAAGUCCAUCACUAUUAUAGUUUCUGCUGGAGCUUUCAUUCAGACCAUUAUAUACCUCUGGCUUCUUCUAAUAUACAGCCCAGUGAGCGGAGUACUUGGAACUUUAUACCCUCUUAUAAUGGCAGCUGCAUUGGGCAUUGGUGAUGGAGUCUUAAAUACACAGCUCAGUGCUUUGCUUGCGAUAUACUUCAAGCAUGAUACUGAAGGAGCAUUUGCACAGCUCAAGGUCUGGCAGAGUGGUACGAUUUCAGCCGUCUUCUUUAUUAGUCCAUACAUCUCAUUACAGGCAAUGCUGGUGGUUAUGCUUGUUACAGUCUCUGUCGCAUAUGGUGCCUUUAUGUAUCUAUCUAUUCGAGAGAAAGCACUCUCCCAUUCAAGUUCAUAAUGUCUAAAGAGCGAAAAGUUCUUCAAGGAAAACUACUUGUGUAUACAAGCAGGUAUAUGUUAUGUUGUUAUUGACGGUGUCUCUAUAUUUGCAAAUCCAUUGUUUGCGACAUGUUCCAUCUGCUGCAAUACAUAUUCCAAAAGUCGAAAGAUUACUUGUCCCAUAUGUCCUGUGUUAUUAUCAGUAUAAAAAUGCAAAUGUCAAAAGUUCAAAUGUUCAUGUGGAUAUUUGACAAUUGAGAAUUUACUGCAUUGCUUUUUUCUCUCC